UGCCUUUUAUUUGCUUCCCGAUAACAGCUAUCUGUUUCCCGCCGUUCUCCCUCUUCUAGUUAUGGAACAGCUGUUUCCUCAUUUCAUCGUCUUGUCCUUCAUUUUUCUCUAUAUUCUCUUCCAGUCACCACCAACCGUCGGAUUUCUUCGCGAAGCGCACUCGCCGUCGCCGAUCAGGCUGAAAACGUCGCAGCCCAAGGACAAUGGCCUUCGGUUCAACGGCGGUGGAUCGUUCAAGGUUGCUCUGUUCGCCGACCUGCAUUUCGGGGAGGACGCCUGGACUGAUUGGGGGCCGCAACAGGACGUGAACUCCAUCAAGGUCAUGUCCACUGUACUCGACCUUGAAACACCAGCAGAUUUUGUAAUAUAUCUUGGAGAUGUCAUUACUGCCAACAAUAUUCCAAUUGCAAAUGCAAGUUUGUAUUGGGAUCAAGCACUCUCUCCAACAAGGGCCAGGGGCAUACCAUGGGCAAGUGUUUUUGGAAAUCACGAUGAUGCACCAUUUGAGUGGCCAAUGGAGUGGUUUUCUGUCCCUGGAAUUCCUCCACUUCAUUGCCCUGCAACUAAUUCGUCGUAUUCAGCAGAAGAAUACUGUAGCUUCAGAGGCACACAACGCAUAGAGCUGAUGAAAAAUGAGAUUGAGCAUAAUAACUUAUCAUUUUCGAAAACUGGACCUAAAGACCUAUGGCCAGGUGUAUCCAACUAUGUUCUCCAAGUGGCAUCCUCUAGUGAUCCAGAAUCAAGAAUUCUGACAAUGUACUUCCUAGAUUCUGGUGGUGGUUCCUAUCCAGAAGUUAUAUCAAGUGCUCAAGCAGAAUGGUUCCAGCACAAAUCUCAAGAAAUUAACCCUGAUUCAAGUGUUCCUGAGAUUAUCUUUUGGCAUAUACCAAGUAGAGCAUAUAAGAAUGUGGCUCCUUGGUUUGCUAUACACAAGCCUUGUGUAGGCUCUAUCAACAAGGAAAAGGUUGCUGCUCAAGAAGCUGAAUUUGGUAUUAUGAACCUUCUUGUUAAAAGGCCUUCUGUGAAGGCAAUAUUUGUGGGACACAACCAUGGAUUGGACUGGUGCUGCCCAUACAACAAACUAUGGCUUUGCUUUGCGAGGCAUACUGGUUAUGGUGGGUAUGGAAAUUGGCCCAGAGGAGCUAGAAUUCUGGAGAUCACUGAGCAGCCCUUUUCUAUUAAGUCUUGGAUAAGAAUGGAAGAUGGUGGUAAGCACAGUGAAGUUCUCUUGAGCUCUUGACAUCUUAUUUCUGUUAUUCAAAUGCAAAGGACAACUCACUUAAAAUAUGUGUGUAUAUGUAUGGUGAUUCUUCAAUGGCACUACUUGUAAAAUUAAUAAAAGAAAGGCCAUUGUUAUAUUCGUCAAUGACACCUGUGGAAACUAUUUAAAAGUUGAAAUUUGAAUUUA